AUGCUUCCAGGCUCAGUGCAGAGGACAGAGAAGGCCCCCUGCUUCCACCAGCUUAAUCCCGUUGUUUCCCACGAUGGGGACCUGGUGAUUGGGGUCUUUUUAUCCUUGUUCUCACUUGAAGUGAAUAGAUUAAUGACGGCAGAACUGUUUCAAAGGCCUCCCAACAAACCUUGUGAGACUUACCAGUGGCUGUUUAAAAAUACCCAGCAGGUCCUGGCUUUAAUAGAUGCUAUAAAGGAGAUUAACAGGGAUCCCAAACUGUUGCCCAACAUUUCCCUGGGAUUCCAGGUCUACAAUGCCUACCACAGUGAUGCGAGGACCUUGGAGAGCUCCCUGAGGUGGCUGUCUGGGCAAUACCAGUUCAUCCCUAACUACAGCUGCAGGAAGCAGAACAGGACUGUUGCUGUUAUUGGAGGAGGCACAUCCACUCUCUCUGUCCAGAUGUCCACCCUGCUCAACCUCUACAAAUUUCCACAGAUCAGCUAUGGUCCAUUCGAUUCCACUCUUAGUGACAAGGUCCAGUUUCCUUCCCUCUACCAGAUGGCCCCCAAAGACUCUUCUCUUCCCAAAGGUGUUGUCCGCUUAAUUGUACAUUUUCAAUGGAACUGGAUAGGCCUGGUUGCAACAGAUGAUAUGAGAGGUGAGCAAUUCCUCUGGAAAAUGAGAGCAGAAAUGGUAAAGAAUGGAGUUUGUGUGUCCUUCACAGAGAAGAUCCCUUUCACUGAGAGAAGACACACAGAAUCCCAGGAGGCCUUCAUGCCCAGGAUCUUCACAUCAUCCACCAAAGUGAUUGUCAUCCAUGGUGAUACAGAUUCCUUAAUGAUUCUGAGAAACUCAGAAAUGCCUUUAUUUUCAAUACACAAGGUAUGGAUUGCCACAUCUCACUGGGAUGUAACCAGGAGAAACUUCUACAUUGAAGGUCACGCUUUCCACGGGGCGCUCAUAUUUUCACUUUUGACAAGUGAAAUUCCUGGGUUCAAGGCUUCUGUGAAGGCAGCAACACCUUCUAAAUACCCAGAUGAUAUUUUACUUAGGUCAUUCUGGCUCUCCGCUUUUAGAUGCCCGGAUGAAGGGGAAAUCACGCAGCAAGAAACAUGUUCAUCAAAUGCUUCCUCAAAGACUUUGCCUCUGUGCUCUUUUGAUAAGUCUAUAACUGGCUUGAGUUACACCAUGCACAAUACCAUCUAUGCUGUGGCUUGGGCUCUCCAUGAAAUGUUUAUGAGAAAAUUGGAGAAAAGUUCAAUGGCAGAUGAAGAAUAUUUAGGACCUCAUUCUUGGCAGCUCCACUCCUUCCUGAGGAACACCCAGUUUACCAACAGUGCUGGGGACCAGGUGUUUGUGGAUGAGAACAGAAGACCGGAGGCUCAGUAUGCCAUUAUGAACUAUAUGUAUUUUGCUAAAGAGAACGAUGGUCUGGUGAAAGUGGGGCAGUUUGUACCCACGGCUCCGCUUGGACAAGAUUUCACCAUCUGUGAGGAGGCCAUCAUGUGGGGCUGGAAGGAUUCAAAGGUUCCCCGUGGAGUAUGCAGUGACAGCUGUGGUCCUGGGUUCAGGAAGACCCCUUUGGAUGGGGAGGCUGCCUGCUGCUUUGAGUGUACGCCAUGCGCAGAGGGGGAGAUCUCCGGGCACAUGAAUGCAGAGCAGUGUACAAAGUGCCCAGAGACUGAAUAUCCAAACAAGCAGAGAGACCGCUGCCUCCCCAAGAUUGUGACCUUCCUGAAUGUGGAAGAACCAUUGGGCAUGACUCUGGUCUUUGUGGCUGUUUCCUUCUCACUGCUGACUGCUCUGGUUCUGUUGAUCUUUGUGAAGUACCAAAACACCCCCAUAGUCAAAGCCAAUAAUAGGACUCUCAGCUACACUCUCCUCAUCUGCCUCAUCUUCUGCUUCCUCUGCUCUCUGCUCUUCAUAGGCCGUCCUACCACUGUCACUUGUCUCCUCCAACAAACAGUGUUUGCUGUUGUCUUCACAGUGGCUGUUUCCUCCAUUUUGGCCAAAACCAUGAUCGUGGUUCUGGCUUUUAGGGGUGUUAGACCAGGGAGCAGGAUUCACACAUUCCUGCAUCCUCGAGUGUCCAACUACAUUGUCCUCAUCUGCUCAGGGAUUCAGGUGAUUCUCUGUGGCACCUGGCUGGGUACCGCUCCCCCCUUUCCAGAGGCUGACACUCACUCUGAAUAUGGCCACAUCAUCAUUAGAUGUAAUGAGGGCUCCAUCCUUGUCUUCUACUGUGUCCUGGGCUACAUGGCCCUUCUGGCCCUGGCGAGCUUUACUGUGGCUUUCCUGGCCAGGAACCUGCCUGACACCUUCAAUGAAGCCAAGUUCAUCACCUUCAGCAUGCUGGUGUUCUGCAGUGUCUGGGCCUCUUUUGUGCCCACCUAUCAGAGCAGCAAAGGGAAGGCCAUGGUGACUGUGGAGAUCUUCUCCAUCUUGGCCUCCAGUGCAGGGUUGCUGGGAUGCAUUUUUAUUCCCAAAUGCUUUGUGAUCCUUCUGAAGGCAGAGAGGAAUACCCAGGCACAGAUCAAGAAUAAAUGGGAUUCUAGAGGCAAUGUUUAA